CCCUAAAGACAAAUAUGUGUGAUUCGUCUCCUUUGUUGUGAUAAAGUAACGAGACGUCCUGUGCCAUUACUGUUUUAUAUAUAUAUAUCUAUAUCUAUAUCUAUAGAUAUAGAUAUAUAUAUCUAUAUAAUUUUUUAAAAUAUAAAAAUCAAGCACAUUUUGUCUCUCUGUACUGAUCAGCCGUAAGAAUGAGUGGCGGAGUGUAUGGAGGAGAUGAAGUUGGAGCUCUUGUCUUUGACAUGGGCUCAUACUCCGUGAGAGCUGGGUAUGCUGGAGAGGAUUGCCCCAAGGCUGAUUUUCCCACUGUGAUCGGUGUGACUCUGGACCGGGAGGAUGGCAGUACGCCGAUGGAGACAGAUGGAGAAAAGGGCAAGCAGAGCAACACCACCUACUACAUCGAUACCAACCAGCUCAGAGUCCCCCGAGAAAACAUGGAAGUCAUGUCACCUCUCAAAAAUGGGAUGAUUGAGGACUGGGACAGCUUCCAAGCCAUUUUAGAUCACACCUACAAAAUGCAUUUCAAAUCGGAGCCCAGUCUGCAUCCGGUCUUAAUGUCAGAGGCCUCGUGGAACACUCGAGCUAAAAGAGAGAAGCUGACUGAGCUAAUGUUUGAGCAUUACAACAUUCCUGCUUUCUUCUUAUGUAAAUCGGCCGUCCUGUCUGCUUUUGCCAAUGGGCGAUCCACAGGUUUGGUGUUAGAUAGUGGAGCAACACACACAACUGCUAUUCCAGUGCAUGAUGGUUAUGUGCUACAACAAGCAAUCGUCAAGUCCCCUCUUGCUGGUGAUUUCAUGAGUAUGCAAUGUAGAGAGCUGUUUCAAGAGUUAAACGUUGAAAUAGUGCCUCCAUAUAUGAUUGCAUCAAAGGAUUCAGUUCGAGAAGGAGCCACUGCUGUUUGGAAGAAAAAAGAAAAACUACCUCAAGUUACUCGUUCAUGGCAUAACUAUAUGUGUAAUACUGUCAUACAGGAUUUUCAGACCUCUGUGCUACAGGUAUCAGACUCACCCUAUGAUGAACAAGUAGCUGCCCAGAUGCCCACUGUUCACUAUGAGCUGCCUAAUGGAUACAACUGCGAUUUUGGAGCGGAAAGACUUAAGAUCCCUGAGGGUCUUUUUGAUCCUUCAAAUGCUAAGGGUCUGUCAGGGAACACCAUGCUGGGAGUUGGCCACGUUGUGACCACCAGUGUUGGCAUGUGUGACAUUGACAUCCGACCAGGUUUGUAUGGCAGUGUGGUAGUUACAGGGGGAAAUACUCUCAUCCAGGGCUUCACAGACCGACUUAACAGAGAACUUUCUCAGAAGACACCACCGAGUAUGCGUUUGAAGUUGAUAGCCAAUAACACAACUGUGGAGCGCAGAUUUAGUGCCUGGAUCGGUGGCUCCAUCCUUGCAUCACUGGGAACUUUCCAGCAAAUGUGGAUUUCAAAACAGGAGUAUGAAGAAGGUGGUAAACAAUGUGUUGACAGGAAGUGCCCUUAACCAGCUCCUUCAACAUCUGCUUGCCUUCAGAAUUUCAAAGAUAUUGAUGAAAAUAAAAACACCACGUCAAGAAAACCUCCUUAGUUGACUCAGGAACUAAGGACACUUGUUGUUGUUGUUUUUUUUUUAAAGUGCAAACCAUAUUUUAAACCAUUGCACUUUUUCUACUCCUCCAGACAAUAUUUUCAUAUACAAUUAGGCAACACAAACCUUUCUGACCACCUGAAUAGUUUUAAAUAAGUCACAAGUUGUAAUGUUUUUUUGUUAUAUGGAAAUGGUUACAAUGCUUCAAACUGUAUCAUUGCAUAAGACAGUUGAAUUUGUUAUUUUUAAUUUACACCAGAAUAACACUUCCUCGAAAAUACACCACAGGAAACAAAAUAUUUGUAAUGCUUUUAACAAUUGAUCAGCACAUUAGGGAAUAAAUUGUUUUUGCUAAAACUAAAUGUAUGCUAUCUCUAUUGGAAAAAUUAUUGCAAUGAUCUUUUUGGUUGGAUUGAAACCUUUAAUCUUUACAUUUCAACUCGUUUAUUGGUAUUAAU